CUUAAGUAAAACAUCCCACCUGUUCAUAUCUUGAUUUGCUAUAUAUAGAUGCAUAGAUAUGAGGUGUACUUAAGACAAACUGUUCAUUAGAUUUAGAGGAUAAAAAGAUUUCUGAAGUGAUGGCAAAAGUGCAUUCGACACCUAAAUAUGUUCCAAUCUUAACACAGGGUGGAGAGAAGAAGGAAGGUGAGGAAACUAAUCCAUUCAGGUGGAUGAUUGAGGGUUUCUCUACCCUUCUAAACCAUACUGCAGUGACGCACCGCUCUGGGAAUUUCGCAGCUUGUGGCUUCACCUGGAAUUUGCAGCUGGAAAUAAAAUCGUCUGUAGAAGAUGAUGAGAAAUCUCUCUGUCUUUACCUAUUCUCAGUUGAAGUGUCGUCUAAUACUGGUUCGGUGGUCAAGGCAACCUAUGAACUGAUGAUAUAUGACCAGUUAUGCGGGAAGCACAUACAGAUCAAAGGUGAAGACUAUUUCCAUGGCUCAUCUCGAUAUGGAUUAUGCUUUAUGGUCCCCUUAAAAAAAAUCAGUGAUCCAAAAUCUGGACUACUAGUCAACGAUUGUUGCAUUUUUGGUGCUGAAGUAAUGGAGGCUUUAUCAUGCAAAUUAGUACGAGAAUGUGUCUCUGAGUGCUUGUCCCUGAAGAAGGAAAUAACCCCUCAAAAAUAUACAUGGGUGAUCAAGAAUUUCUUGAAACUGAGCGCAAUGCGAGUUUCUGAAGUUGUUACUUCAGGGGGUUACAGUUGUGCGAGAUCAAUUUUCCUCAGGGAGUGGCCGCUGGGGACUUCCAAUGUUUCUGAAGUGGAAAGAUAUACAAAAUCCAUCAAGGGGAUUCCUUCACAACGAAACUUGCAUUGUCGAAGCAUCCCUUACUGUUCUUGGAAAUAUUCCGGAGUGAUGGCCAAAGUGCUUUCGUCCCGUUCUUCGACUUCACCUCGGUACGUUCCUAUCUUAACAGAAGGUGGAGAGAAGAAGGCAGGUGAGAAGACUAAUCCAUUCAGGUGGAUGAUCGAGGGUUUCUCUACCCUUCUGAAUCAAACUGCGGAAACACAUUCCUCUGGCAACUUCUCAGCUUGUGGCUUCACCUGGAAGUUGGAGCUGGAAAUAAAAUCGUCUGGAGAAGAUGCUGAGAAAUCUCUCUCCCUUUGCCUAUUCUCAGUUGAAGCAUCAUCUUCUACUGGUUCGGUGGUCAAGGCAAUCUACAAACUGUUGAUGUAUGACCAGUUAUAUGGGGAGCAUAUACAGAAGGAAGGUGAAUGCUAUUUCCAUGGCACAUCUCAAUAUGGAUUAUGCUGUAUGGUCCCCUUAAAAAAAUUCAAUGAUCCGAAAUCUGGACUACUAGUCAACGAUUGUUGCAUUUUCGGUGCUGAAGUCAUGGAGGCUUUUGCAUGCAAAUUAGGACGAGAAGGUGUCUCUGAGUGCUUGUCCCUGAAGAAGGAAAUAACCCCUCAAACAUAUACAUGGGUGAUCAAGAAUUUCUCGAAACUGAGUGCAAAACAAGAUUCUGAAGUUUUUACUUCAGGGGGUUACAAAUGGCGUAUCCAAUUAUAUCCAAAUGCUAGCCCAUACGCAAACUUCCUUGCUAUGUUCUUGACCCUGGAUACUUCCGUUGCUCUUCCUUCCAAAACUCGAGCAUAUGUGGAUUACAGCCUUUGCUUGGUGGACCAAAUUGAUGGCAAACAUAAAAAGAUAUCAGUGCAACGCCAAUUUUCUUCCGGCGGUGUUGGUUGGGGAUGGCACAAGUUUCUAGAGUGGAAAGAUAUGCAAAAUCCAUCAAGGGGAUUCCUUCGCAAUGACACAUGCAUUGUCGAAGCAUCCGUUGCUGUUCUUGGAGAAGUCAGCAUUACUUAGAAACACUGGUGUGUUAGCCUUCAAUGACUUGGUUAUAAAUGUUUCAAGAAAAACACGUCUACCUGCACAUUUAUCAUAACAUUUAUGUAUCUUCUUUUAUGUAUUCUGCAUGCCAAUUAAAACAUUUAUAUCAAAAGGAAAAUAAAUAAAAAGGCAAAUGCAAUAA